CGCCCAUGAUCCCAGCUGACUGCUGACAAACGCUGGACAUGCCACCGGCCCAGGCGCGCAGGCGGGCGGGAGCGCCAGCGGCCGCAGCCCAAGGCGCACGCGCGUAGGAGGCGGGGCCGAGGCUGGAGCGGACGCAGCGCGUGAAGGGGCGGGGCCGGGGCGGACCCGGAAGCCGGCGAAAACGCGGAGGCGAGGGGGGCGCAAUGGCGCCUCCUCAGCAGGCGCGGGUCCUUCGAUGCUGCUGCUGCAGGCUUUUCCAGGCUCACCAGGUGAAAAAGAGUCUCAAGUGGACAUGCAAAGCUUGUGGAAAGAAGCAGUCGUUUUUGCAGGCUUACGGUGAGGGCUCUGGUGCUGACUGUAGACGCCAUGUCCAAAAAUUAAACCUGCUGCAGGGACAGAUUUCAGAGCUGUCACUCAGGUCUCUGGGAGAAUCUGUAAGUGCCAAUGAGGAAGAAAACGUGGAUCCUUGGCAGGCUGCCCGUGCAAGUCCACAGGAAAAACUCCAGCCCUCAAAGAACCGCUGGCUGAAGUAUCUGGAAAGGGACUCCGAAGAACUGGGGCUGAAAGAAGGAGGAGUGUGUUUCAACAGACAGCCUUCAUCCGAGAGAGAAAAGCCAGACCCUCUGUCCAGCACAGGCCUGCCUCGGAAAAGGAAAUGGAACCAGAGCACAGUCCAGCCUCCAUGCGGCCCUGAUGUCCAGGACUCCAGAAACUGUGAGGUCACCUUGAAGUCCUUGAAGAAGGGCAACUUCAUGCCUUGGAGACAAGCGAGGUUGACCAGUAGGACUCUUCUGCAUCAGGCCCAUCCUCUUCAUUCUACAUGGAGUGCCAGGUCUUCGCCAGACUGUUCAACUUGGGACCUGCCCUGGAUUUCUGAGGAACUGUCACCUUCAUUUACCCAGGACCAUGCUGGCCUGGCAGGGAAGGGCAGAGGGAGCAGUCGUGAGGACCAGGACACCGUGGAGCUUGUUCCCCAGGGGGAACCACCGUGCCCUGCCCAGCAGGUCAGGACCGUGUCUAAGUGGGAACAAUGUCUUAUGCCACUUGGAAACAGCUCACAUUUGGACACAGAGCCCCUUACCCCUCUCCAGAGAGGCCUCUGGCCAAUCCAGGCAGCACAGGCUGAGCAGGGGACCCCCAGGGCCCAGACUCCCAGGGAAGAAGGCCUCUGCAGGAUCCCCGGUGCACGCCAGUCUCCUCAGACCACACACACUCCCAUGCCUGGGCCCAAGAGGCUCUGUGGGAGGAUCCCUGAGCGGUCACAGGGUGCAGGCCCUUGGGCAGAGGGUGCGCCCUUGGUCAAAGGGGUGCAGGCACGUUCUUCACUCGUGCGUCUAUGUGACCUUUUUAAAACUGGAGAGGACUUCGAUGAUGAUCUGUAAGUUGAAACUAGUAUGUUACUCUUGUAGACAUAUUUGUUACAUGAACCCUUCACUUCACUGUGACCUCUGCCACUGAAAACAGGGUUCCCCAAGUUGCUUUCAAAUAGUAGGACUAAGGAUGACUUAUGGGAACUACAAGAAGCGACAAUAAAUAUGACCAUCAAACAGA